AUGGCUCUUCCAAAACGCAUCAUCAAGGAGACCGAACGUCUUGUAGCGGAACCAGUUCCAGGAAUCAACGCUGUUCCACACGAAGACAACCUCCGGUAUUUCGAUGUCACUAUCCACGGACCCGCGCAGAGCCCAUAUGAGGGAGGGAUCUUCCGUCUCGAGCUUUUCCUCCCUGAAGAUUACCCGAUGACACCUCCCAAAAUCCGUUUCUUGACCAAGAUCUACCAUCCCAAUAUUGACAAGCUCGGGAGGAUCUGCCUUGAUGUUCUUAAAGGAAACUGGUCUCCAGCUCUCCAAAUCAGAACGAUCUUGUUGAGUAUCCAGGCUCUCCUUGGUGCCCCCAACCCGGACGAUCCUUUGGCAAACGAUGUUGCUCAAAGAUGGAAAGAGGAUGAAAAGGCGGCCAUACAGACUGCAAGGGAUUGGACUAAAACACAUGCUAUGGUCUGA